GGUUGCAUGAAGCUGAAAGGCAGUCAGUAGGGAGAGGUGGAAAAUGCACCAGAUUUACAGCUGCAGCGAUGAAAAUUUAGAAGUUUUCACUGUGAUUUCUUCCAAAUCAUGUAGUCCUGCCCGAAGACGAGCCAAAGCUUCACAGCACAUCCUUGCAAAGAGUGUGGUGGCCAUACCAGAGCACCGGUCCCACCAGGACCAUCUCCUGCGAGUGCUGUACGAGGAGGAGGCACGGGGCAGCCCGGGGCAGCGCAGAGCCAGCCCCAGCAAAGGCACUGCCCAGCACCCUGUGGGAAUUACUGAACAAGAGUCAUCCAAGUCCUAUAAUCACCUGUUGGAUGGAAAAUCUUUGAUCCCUCCAUCUCCAGUUGCCCAUAUCACGGUGAAAGCUGUGGCUGUUACGGGCUCGCCCACACGCAAUCGCGCUUCUACGGAAGACCACAGGCAGCGCUGGAGGAAGACAACAGAGUAUGACCUGUCCCUGCCACCAGGAGCAGAAGCAUCCCUGCCACUGACAGGAGGCAACCUGUGUGGGACACCCAGCCUCCUGAGGAAGAUGUGGAUGAAGCACAAGAAGAAGUCAGAGUACCUGGGGGCAACAAACAGUGCCUUUGAGGCGGACUGAUAAGGCUCAGCAUCCCUUGGAAAGGCAGAAGGUCCUUUAGCAGGACAAGGUGCUUUAGGAUCAAUGAGGGAACAGACACAGAACAGCUCAUCCAGGAAAAUUAUAUCCUUUUCUAUUACUUGAUGCCAUUGCCUCAGAACAGUGGGAGAAAGGCUAACAAAGGUAAAAAUGGUGAAUAUGAUGCAACUCAAUGGCCUUCCCUUGUUGUAUUACACUAAAAUCCCAGCUAUCCCGCUAGAUUUACCUCUUGACUCAAUGCUGAGACUACUGCUGACCCACUCACCAUUUCCCAUGCCCUGUCUGAAUGAGCUUGGACUUGCAACAAGAGAAGCCUACAAAGAGGUUUGUGAAUUCCUGCAAGGCAGCAGACUGAUUACAGAGUGCCAUUAAAUCCCAGGAUCUGCUCGUGCACCACUGCCUGUCGUCCUUCUCCUCUCAUAUCAUGAGAUAAAAACCUCAUCUUGCGAUAUGCUUGGCUGAAUGACACAUCCUAAACAUCUCUUUUCCUUCAGUUUUGAUGUUUCAAGGCAGGAGUAAAAGAUGCAAAAAUUCUAAAACAAUGGGCCAGAACUGAGCAAGUUUGCAAACAUAUGUACCAAACUUUGCUAUGUGACGAAUUAUUUGUGUUUCAAGUUGUCCUGCCAGAUCAAACUAUGAGCAACAGGAUACGCUCAAGGGAUACUUUUUGCCAUAGAACCUGCUUAUAAGUGAAAUGGUAGUCAGCAAUUUACCCUCCACCCAUGUGGUAAAGGAUAUUUCAUUAAUAAGUGCACAAAAUACUAGG